AGGGGAGGAGGGGGAAACAUGAGACAGCUGGGAAGCGUGAGACAGCCUGUCUGCUGCUGCUGAGCCAUUGCAUGGAGGCCUGAGACACGGGCUGCAGAGGACAGUCACCGGGUGAGCCCUCGCCUGACGUGAGACACUCUCACAGGGUGUUUGCAUAGAGAGGCUGUGAGAGAGAGCGGGUGCCCGGCCCGGGAGCUGAGACUGCAACUUCCCCAGGCCAAGCAGCAGAGACAGCAUCCUCCGGAGAGAGAGCAUCCACACCCAGAGCAGGUUAUGUGGUGUCUCCUCUGCAGCAAGAUUGGGUGACACUCCUUAUGUGACGCCGACGAGCUGAGUAUGUGGUAAAGGCUGAGAACAGCGUCCUUACAGAAAAAGAUAAAAGAUGUCUCACAGUGUGACUCUUCUGUGCGCUCUCUGGCUGUCUCGUGUCCAUGGAUCUGUGGAUAACAGCACAACAGGCUGUCGGAUCAUACACCCACCACGGGACGGGGGAAUACGUUACCGGGGUCUGACCCUCUCUCAGGUGAAGGCCGUGGAGACGCUCCCUGUGGAUUAUGAGAUUGAAUUUGUAUGCAGAGGAGAGAGGGAGAUUUCUGGCCCAAAAGUGCGCAAAUGCCAGCGAGACGGGACCUGGACCGAUAUGGACAAGCCCAGCCGUUGUCUUCCCACCUGUCCCCGCAUGCACUUGAAGCUGGAGAAUGGACAAGCGGAUGUCAGCAUGACUGGGCGUGUGCCGAUGGAAGGGACAACUGUCCGGUUCAGGUGUGACCCGGGCUUCUUGCUGGUGGGCUCCAGCCAUAGCAUGUGUACCAAGUCGGGCAAGUGGGACCACCCCAAACCUACCUGUCAAGUCAGACGGACGGACUCUUCACGUAAGAAAUUCCUGCACGUGGGUGCUCUCUUCCCCAUGAGUGGCGGGUGGCCCGGAGGACAGGCCUGCCACCCAGCCGCCCAGAUGGCUCUAGAGGAUGUCAACAACAGGAGGGACAUCUUGCCGGAAUAUGAACUUAAGCUCAUACACCAUGACAGCCAGUGUGACCCCGGCCAGGCUACACGCCACCUGUACGAGUUGCUCUAUAAUGACCCAAUCAAGAUUAUGCUGAUGCCAGGGUGUAGUAGUGUGUCCACUCUUGUGGCAGAAGCAGCCCGCAUGUGGCAUCUCAUUGUGCUAUCUUAUGGCUCCAGCUCUCCAGCGCUAUCCAACCGUCUAAGAUUUCCAACCUUCUUCCGCACACACCCGUCGGCAACCUUGCACAAUCCUACCAGGGUCCAACUCUUCAAAAAGUGGGGAUGGACGAAGAUUGCGACCAUACAGCAGACUACUGAGGUCUUCACCUCUACUCUGGACGACCUGGAGGAGCGAGUGAAAGAAGCUGGCAUUGAAAUCACGUUCCGACAGAGCUUCUUUUCUGACCCAACUGUUCCGGUGAAAAAUCUCAAGCGGCAAGAUGCUAGAAUAAUAGUCGGAUUAUUCUAUGAAACUGAAGCACGGAAAGUCUUUUGUGAGGUCUACAAGGAACGUCUCUUUGGUAAGAAGUACGUUUGGUUCCUGAUUGGUUGGUAUGCCGACAACUGGUUCAAGACGCCCGACCCAUCCAUUAACUGCACCGUGGAGGAGAUGACUCGAGCCGUGGAGGGUCACGUGACCACAGAGAUAGUAAUGCUGAACCCAGAAAAUACGCGCGGCAUCUCCAACAUGACAUCUCAGGAGUUCAUGGAGAAGCUUCAGAAGCGUCUCGGUAAGGACCCAGAAGGGGUAGGAGGUCUACAGGAGGCACCCCUUGCCUAUGAUGCUAUUUGGGCCCUUGCUCUCGCCCUCAAUAAGACCGCCUAUGAACUGUCCAAGAAGGGACUGUGGCUGGAAGACUUCAACUACAACAAUGACAACAUCAGUCGGGAGAUCUAUAAGGCCAUGAAUUCGUCUUCCUUCGACGGCGUUUCAGGUCACGUGGUCUUUGACGCAAGUGGUUCUCGUAUGGCCUGGACACUAAUAGAGCAGCUACAAGGUGGCAUCUACAAGAAGAUUGGGUACUAUGACAGCACGAAAGACAACCUCUCCUGGUAUAACAACGACAAAUGGAUCGGGGGGUCUCCUCCUGCGGACCACACCAAGGUGAUCAUCACUUUCCGAUAUGUUUCUCAGAAGCUCUUCAUUUCAGUUUCGGUUCUUGCUGGACUUGGUAUACUCCUGGGCUUUGUCUGUCUGUCGUUCAACAUCUACAAUAGUCACGUGCGAUACAUCCAGAACUCCCAACCCCACCUGAAUGAUGUGACGGCGGCUGGCUGCAUCCUGGCUCUCGCCGCCGUGUUCCCUCUCGGCCUGGAUGGGUAUCACAUUGAGACGUGGCACUUCCCGCUGGUGUGCCAGGCCCGACUCUGGCUCCUGGGACUGGGCUUCAGCCUGGCGUACGGCAGCAUGUUUACCAAGAUCUGGUGGAUCCACACAGCAUUCACUAAGAAGGACGACAAGAAGGAGAGGAGGAAGCAGUCUCAGACGGUGGAGCCCUGGAAGCUGUACAGCACGGUGGGGCUGUUGCUGGGCCUGGAUGUGGUCGUGCUGGGCAUCUGGCAGAUAGUGGAUCCUCUGCAGCGCUCUAUAGAGGAGUUUACUAAGGAAGAACCUCGUGGCGACCUGGAUGUCCUCAUCCUUCCCCAGCUGGAGCAUUGCAGUUCUGUGAAGAUGAACACAUGGCUUGGUAUUGUGUACUGCUCUAAGGGUCUCCUUCUCCUGCUCGGUAUUUUCCUGGCCUACGAGACAAAGAGCGUCUCCACUGAGAAGAUUAACGACCAUCGUGCAGUGGGGAUGGCCAUAUACAAUGUUGCUGUCCUGUGUCUGAUCACUGCACCUGUCACCAUGAUCCUCAGCAGUCAGCAAGAUGCCUCCUUUGCCUUCUCCUCUCUCGCCAUUGUCUUCUCAGCCUAUAUCACACUGGUCGUGCUGUUUGUACCUAAGAUGAGACGGUUGAUUACCAGAGGAGAGUGGCAGUCUGAACAGCAAGACACUCUGAAGACCGGGUCAUCCACCAACAACAACGAAGAGGAAAAGUCUCGGCUGCUGGAGCGGGAGAACCAGGAGCUGGGCCGGAUCAUUGCUGAGAAAGAAGAACGGGUCCUGGAGUUGCGUCAGCAGUUGCGCUCCCGCAGGAAACAGUCCGUCACGCCCCGUGAAAACUGCUCCGACAAUCACUACCCUAAUUCCUCCGGGGCGGUCUCCUCUCUGUACCAGCCCGGCUUCCCUCUUGCUAGGUGCCUGGUAGCGGAGGGGGGCGACAAGCUGGGGAGGAACAGCUGCGACGGGAGCAGAGUACAUCUCCUCUACAAGUAGAGAUGUCAUGGCACAAUGCGGGCAGCCGCCUAUUUUACAUACCUGUCCGUACACUGUGUGGCCUCUCUCCCGGGAUGUGUCUUCUCUGUCUCGCCCUACGUCUGUCUCCCUCCCGUCUGACCACCCUUCUGUGUCUCCGCACUCUCUUCUAUGUCUCUUUGUAGCCUGGAUGUCUCAUCUAAUACGGCACUUUAUACAAAUCAGCCUACACUAGACACAGAUUCCUGUCCCUGUGGAAGCCACACUUGUAAAGCCCCCAAAUAAUCCCCCCACCCGAACCCCAGCCUCUCCCCCUCAGGGAAAAUUCAUUAUCAAGUCAUCUGCACCCACUGCACUUACAACAUGUUUUCUAAACUGUGAUUGGCUAUUGCAAUAAAUAAAUAAGGAGAAGAUU